AUGCCUGCUCUCUGUGGAGGAUCCAAGACCGUCCAGCGCAAGCUGGUCCUGCUGGGUGACGGUGCCAGCGGUAAAACGUCCCUGCUGAACGUCUUUACGAGGGGCUACUUCCCGACUGUUUACGAGCCCACCGUCUUCGAAAACUAUGUUCACGACAUCUUCGUCGACAAUGUUCAUAUCGAACUAUCUCUCUGGGAUACGGCAGGACAGGAAGAAUUCGACCGUUUACGAUCACUCUCAUACGAUGACACCGACCUGAUUAUGCUCUGCUUUUCCGUCGACAGUAAGGAUUCGUUAGAAAACGUGGAGUCGAAAUGGGUGGGCGAGAUUGCCGACAACUGCCCUGGGACGAAACUGGUCCUUGUCGCUCUCAAGUGCGAUCUGCGAGAACAGGGCGGCGAGGAAGACGAGGACGGCGAAGGCGCCAACACCGAGGCCGCCGAGCAACCGCGUGAGAAGAAGCCAACCAUCAGCUACGAACAAGGACUCGAGGUAGCCCGUCGCAUAGGAGCUCUCCGCUAUCUCGAAUGCUCGGCGAUGCGAAAUCGCGGUGUCAACGAGGCCUUUACCGAGGCUGCGCGCGUUGCCCUGAGUGUGAAGAAGGAUACCGAGGAGAGCAAGUGCAUCAUCAUGUAA